UGUCCCUGUCCUGCGCCGGAGCCGGGCGCGGCCGGGUGAGUCAGCGCCGUGCCGGGGGGAGCCGGGGAGGGAAGGGCCCGCCCGGCCCUACAAAACCCCGCCCGGAGUGCUGCGGGCCCCAGCCGCUGGCAGAGCCGCCCGAGGAGCCGCCCGAUCUCCGGCAGAGCCACCGCGCCCGCCCCAGCCAGCAUUCUUUCAAGAUGUCCACUGUUCAUGAAAUUUUAAGCAAACUCACCCUUGAAGGAGAUCAUUCUCUCCCUCCAAGUGCAUAUGCCACAGUGAAGGCUUACUCAAACUUUGAUGCUGACCGGGACGCUGCAGCCCUGGAAACAGCCAUCAAGACCAAAGGUGUGGAUGAGGUCACCAUCAUCAACAUCCUGACAAACCGCAACAAUGAGCAGAGGCAGGACAUUGCUUUUGCCUAUCAGAGGAGAACCAAAAAGGAACUUUCUGCAGCACUCAAGUCUGCUCUCUCAGGUCAUUUGGAGGCAGUGAUCUUGGGCUUGCUGAAGACACCAGCACAGUAUGAUGCCUCUGAAUUGAAAGCUGCCAUGAAGGGGCUGGGAACUGAUGAAGACACACUCAUUGAAAUCAUCUGCUCCCGAACAAACCAGGAGCUCAGUGAAAUCAACAGAGUCUACAGGGAAAUGUACAAGACAGAGCUGGAAAAGGACAUCAUCUCAGACACAUCUGGGGACUUCCGCAAGCUCAUGGUUGCCCUGGCCAAGGGCAAAAGGUGUGAAGAUACCUCUGUGAUUGAUUAUGAGCUGAUUGACCAAGAUGCCAGGGACCUCUAUGAUGCUGGUGUGAAGAGAAAGGGAACUGAUGUCCCCAAGUGGAUCAACAUUAUGACUGAAAGAAGUGUUCCCCACCUGCAGAAAGUCUUUGAGAGAUACAAGAGCUACAGCCCAUAUGAUAUGUUGGAAAGCAUCAAGAAGGAGGUUAAGGGAGAUUUGGAGAAUGCCUUUCUUAAUCUAGUCCAGUGCAUUCAGAACAAGCAGCUGUAUUUUGCAGACAGACUGUAUGACUCCAUGAAGGGCAAGGGCACCCGGGACAAGGUGCUGAUCAGGAUCAUGGUGUCCCGCUGCGAGGUGGACAUGCUGAAAAUCAAGAGUGAAUUCAAGAGAAAAUAUGGCAAAUCUCUCUAUUAUUUCAUCCAGGCAAACACAAAAGGGGACUACCAGAGGGCACUGCUGAACCUGUGUGGUGGAGAGGACUGAAAACUGUGAUAGAAGAAACCCAAGCCCAGAGACAUGCCUUUUUUGCUCUUCAUUUUACUGUAAUCCUAGAAAACCUGAAUUUCCUAGCUAACCUUGACUUGCCCUUUCCCUCCCAGAGCCCUGUUGCAGUUUGCUCCCCUGUGCUGCACGUGCCCCUCUUGGCAGCUCUGCUUGGCUCUGCCAAAGAUCCUAACAGUGUAUAGCCAGAGAAACUAACCCUCCAGGGAGAAACAGGCUUGUGAAAGGCUCUGCUCCCUGUGCAAUGUUUCUAAUAAAACAAAUAAAAUGACAUUUUACUGUAA